AUGACUAAGGUAAGUGAAUGUAUAAGAAGUAUUCAAGGGAGGACUGUAUUUGACAGUCGGGGCAAUCCAACUACUGAAGUAGAAAUGGAUACAGAUUUGGGAAACGUGCGUGAUAGUUGUCCUUCUGGGGCUUCGACUGGAUCGCAAGAAGCUUUAGAGCUUCGUGAUGGCUCGGGGCCGUGUGGCGGGAAAGGUGUUUGUCGUGCGGUGCAGGGUAUUGAAAAGUUAGCCACUCUCGUAUUGUUGCAGGACUUCUUGAUUACGGACCAGGGAGGUAUUGAUGAGUUUAUGUGCCAAACAGAUGGUACACCCAACAAGGCUAAUUUGGGUGCCAAUGCAAUUCUGCCGCUAUCCAUGGCUUUUGCCCGUUUGGGAGCUAUGAAGAAAGAGGCAGCCUUGUGGCAGUACUUAAAUGAAUUGUAUGGCGGUAGUGGGGAGAAGAAGGCGCCUAAGCUUUACUUUAACGUGAUUAACGGCGGGGCCCAUGCGGAUAAUGGUCUUUGCAUUCAAGAAGUAAUGGUUUCAUUUGGGGGUGAAAGUGUUUAUGAAGUGUUGUGUAAUGCUAGUUCCUUUAUUGGGGUCUUGAAGAAGCAGGUGUGUAAGAAGUAUGGUGGCAGUGGAGUAGGUGAUGAGGGUGGGUUUGCUCCGGCAAUUGACACUUUAGAGGAAGCUUUGGAGUUAAUCAGGGAAACAGAAAAGAUAUCUAAGAUUACAACUGAGAUUGCCAUUGAUGCAGCGGCCAGUGAGUUUUACCGGGCGGGCAAGUACCAAGUUAAACAAGGCGAAAAGCCAUUAAGCAGCACUGAACUUGGGGCUUACUAUUUGGAGAUAGCGCAGAAGUACAAGGUAGCUAUGCUUGAAGAUCCAUUUGCUGAGAAGGACUUUGCCGGAUGGAAGGCUUUUCUACCUCUAGCCCAGAAAGCAGGUAUUCGGGUGGUUGGCGACGACUUGCUCGUAACUAGUGCUAAGUUGAUUCAUUGGGCCGGACAGGAGAAGUUAUGCGAUGUGGCCUUAAUCAAGAUGAACCAGGUCGGAACAAUUACGGAAACUAUUCGUGCAGUGCAGGAGGCUCGCAAGCAAGGGAUGCGCAUAAUGGCCAGUCACCGCAGUGGCGAGACCGAAGAUACUUUCUUGGCCCAUUUAGCCGUUGGUUUAGAGGCUGACUUUUUAAAGUCCGGCUCAUUGUGUCGCACAGAGCGCAUCUGCAAGUACAAUGAGCUGCUCCGACUCUUUGAGUCUCCGCACAAGACCUGCCCGCAAACUAACCGUCAGCAAUAA